AUGGUGGGCAGGGCCUUCGCCUGCUCCUUCGCGUGCCUAGACGAGCCGUCUGAUGGCGUCACCAGGGUCAGGCAGGGCAAUGCAGAGGAAUCGGCGAGGGAGCGCCCUGCUGCCGAGGUUGCAGCAGAGAGCAGGAAUGGGGGGCAUUCUGCCGAUGUGGGCGGCGAGGGGCCGAGGUUCAGAGGAAGGAGGAGUUGCAGUGACGCCGGCCCGGAGAUAACUGUGGCGGCCUCAGGUGUCCGGCGCCGGAGGUCCAACAGGUGGAGCAGGGUGUGGGAUCGCAGCAUCACGAGUCCACUAAAAGAAUUCGUGAGGAAGGGGGAGCAUGCUCUUGACCGGUCCUUCUCGGAGUCGAGGAGGGAAACCCGGAGGUGUAAAAAUGGGGAGAUGACAGACAUCGAAAAUGGCGAAAUUCAGCAUGGCCGCAACGGGUCGGUACUUCCAGGCAGAGCAAGCCAGGGCUCAAGCAGAAGCUCCCAAGCCGCCGUGGCUAACGGGGACGCGCAGAAUUUCCGCGCGGAUUGGCUUAAGAACAAGGAAUGCAGGAUCGGCAGGAGCAGGAGCGUCCAUUACACCUCUCCUGGGAACUUUGAUAAUGGCAUGCUGCGGUUUUACCUGACGCCGAUGAGGAGCAACAGAGCCGCAAACAGGGGGAGGAGGAGAAGCUCGCGCUUGUUUGGAAGAGGGCUUUUUGGUUUCGUUUGA